GACAACACUGUGUUUGCAUUUGGCAAAGGCUCAACUUCGAUGCGAUAAAAAAACUAUUUUUUUACUAUUAGAUGGAAAAACUCAAACAAUUUUUGUUUUCCAAGUGACAUUUGGAUUACUAAGUGAGAUAAACAUAAUAUUCAGCAACACUGAGACGCAUCAUAUUUUUGAAUUUUUGCUUGUGGAACUAUCAGUCAGUCAAACUGAGAAGAAAAGUGCAUUGCAUUUGGAGGAACGUUGUUUUGUGAAACAAUAGAACAAAUACAAUUGUUAUGAAAUCGAAGUCUUGAUCAAAUCAAUAAUAAUAAAUAAAAAUGGAUCGUUUUGUAACGCGAGCACCCACAUGGAAAACUGUGAGCUAUGGUAGUGUUGUGGCCCAGGCAAAUAAUCGAAGCGCCAAUUCCAAAUAUCCUUCCUCGGCGUCUCAACAACUAAAGAAACCUUUACAACAGAAACAAUUAGGGGAAAAUGGCAUCAAACCUAGCCAAGAUUUUGCUGGACGUCUUGUGGAUAUUUUUAAACCCUCAACAGCAAAUCACGAAACAUUAAAUAUCAAUGGAAACAGCAAUGAUAGCGGCCUAAGUAGCGCCUCAAGUAUAUCGCCACCCCAACAUCAGAUGGAGGAGAAUAUGUCGAAUGUGGUUCACAUGAAAACGCCCACGAAGAAUAAAUGUUUGGGCAAACUGGGUGACUAUGUCGAUGGUCGGGAGGAGAAGGAGAAUGACACAUACAUGACCCUCAACCGUACACCUAAAUCCACGAAGAAGGCCAUUGAAAGCUGCAAAGUAGCUGCUGGUCUCAAAGAAAACACUCCAAGUAAACAGCUACCUCAAACCCCCAAAGUCAAUAAACCCAUAACCACAACAAAAACAAAUACUGAAAAAGUCACUCCCUCUAAUAAUCCAAUGUUAAUGGCACGUAUUCAAAGGGAUCUCAACAGCCCCUCGGCCUCAGUUCGAGUAAGGGCCCUAAAAGCCAUAACCUCCCCCACCAAGUCUCCCUAUACCCAUUUUGAUGUUCCCGAAGCUGAGCAAAGUCUGAACUUUUCCGCCGUUCAGGAUCCACCUGAUAUCAAGGAAGUCAUGCGAAAUGUGGUUGUCUAUGUGGAAGUCCGUUCGGGGGAAGACAAUCGUUCAGAUGGUGUGCGUAAAGUUAUUGAAGCGCUGGGCGCUCGUGUUAAUCUAAAAUUGUUGCGUGAUACAACUCAUGUCGUCUUCAAAGAUGGCCUAAUGUCCACAUUUAAAAAAGCCCAACAAUGGGGCAUACCCAUAGUUUCCAUAUUAUGGAUUGAGGCGUGCAAAACUAAAAAUCGUAUAUGUGAUCCCAAAGACUAUCCCAUAUCGAAUUUAGAUCGUUAUGAGAAUCCAGAAUUGUAUACCAAAAUGAAGCGCUACAAAUGUAUGCAACCGGAUUCGGAAAGUUCCAUUAGUCGUAAAGGUGGCAGUGCUCAAAGAGAUCUCACUCCAACACAAAAGACUGCUGCUGGUGCUAAUAAAAAGAAUUCCACAAUGAUUGGCGGUACACCGACCGGUCGUUCCAGUGCUAAAAAGAAGACUGAUAUAAGCCAAUAUUUUAAGAAACUAGAUAAUAGUGUAAUGACCACUCCAAUUACUAGUGUUUUAACGAAGAAAGCGGAUAGUCAAGUUGCCAGGGCAGAAUCGCCGGCAACACAACUUUUGAAUCGUAUUAAUGCCAAUAUUUAUACACCGUUGAUGCAAGCAAAGACGACGACAAUUUCAAAACAAAUCACAAUCACAACAUCAGCCACAAUCCGAAACGUUGAGUGUUUUGAUGAAGAAAGUCGGGAGUCAACAGUUGCAUCAACAAAUGGUGAUAUUUUGAAAACACAAAAAGUUAAAAAAGCCUUGGAUUUCUUUGAAAGCUCUCCAGAUGUGCCCACAGGCGAUGCAAUUGAUAACACCACAACCGGUGUUUUGCCCACACCAAGAACAAGACGUCGCAGCAGUAUUUUGGCCGUUACAAACAACAAUAAUGAGACUACCUUAGCAUCAGAGGAUGUAGCUACAGCAACUCCUUCCAAAAUAACCCGGCGUCGUAGCAUUACCACCGCCGCCACAAUCGCUGCUGUUGAUCAGGAAUCACAAUCAUCCGCAGUUGCCAAUUUAAUGAAAACUCCAAACGGUAAAAAUCCUCGUCGUCGCACUACCAUACAUACACCCAAAAAUAUGACCAUGGAAACUCCAAGCAAGAAUAAACCAAUACAACCCAUAACGGAAGAAGAAGAAGGUCAUUCUGAAGAAGUACCGAAUAGUUCCAUAGACUCAUCCGCCGUAAAGGCACGCAGAACUUUACAUGUUUCAAAAACAAUGGAAGUCUCAGAGCGCACAAUUUCCUCCUCCAACAAUGCCAUAAAAGAAAAUCAACCAAAAUCAAACCGAAGACGUACCAUCAACAGUUAUGCGCCAAAAAACAACCACACAUCGCCCCCAAAUAACAGUGGUCGUCUGGAUUUGAGCAACGUUGCCACCAGGCGCCCAACGUGUUACAGUGUUAAAUCGAUGGAAACUAGCAGCAUACAAUGUGACAAUAAUAGCAAGGAAGAAAUUGGAGGAAAACUCGAAAAGACAAUUGAAUUGACAAAUCAAAUUUUCAAUGCACUCAUGAAUAAGAAUGCUCCAACUGAAAAGGCUGCUGUGAAUACAUCUAAAGCAAAUGUAACAAAUCGGCGUCGUACCUUAUAUACUCCCAAAAAGGUUAGUGAUAGUACCUUUCCACAGUCCCGACCAUCUGAGAGCCUUUCUUCCAUAUCGCCCAUGGCCAGCAAUAUGCAUGGCAAGGUGGUGGCUUGUUCAACCCUUUUGGAGAGCGCAGAAAAUCCUCCCACAAAACUAAUGGAAACACCGCCAGCAAAUUCUACAACAGGAAAGUUGCUAGAAGAAACAACGGAAUGUGCAACACCGCUUAUUUUCAGUUCCACACGUCUACCGGGUAAUAAAAGGCGUACUCUGUUCGAUGUUUCAAUGGAUAUUAUAACGCAACGUUUGCAAUGUAUUAAUCAGACGGCUAGGCGAUCUUUGGCACCGGCAACAACAGCUGAUUUGAAUGGAGAUGUAAAAUCAUGCGACAUUCCAUCAUCGGAAAUUGUUGAUAUCCGUAAAGGUGGUGGCAUAGCCGUCUCAACGGAUGGCGAAAACUCCAGCAAUUCUCAACGUAGCAGUACAGAAUCUGAUAAUCAAAACAUCUCAAUUUCCUCAACGACUGAAAACAUCGAUAGUGGUUCAACGCCCACAGUCAAUAAGAAACGUAAAUUAUUCGUACCGAAUGAGGUGUUGACCCCACCGCCUGUUUUGACGGCAACUAGUAAAUUGAAUACAUCCAUAAAUAGUACACCAAGCAUUCAAAGAACAUUGGCUACUGCUGCCUCGGAACAAAAGAAACGCCGUAGAACCCUUUUGCCACUCACGCAAACCAUUAUAUCGUCGAGCUCAUCUACAAGUGAUUUACUUUCUGCCGAUUCUUCUCCGCCGGCAAUGCUAAAACGACGCAGUACUUUGGAUUUUGAACAAAUUAAAAAAUAUCAAAAUAAAUUGUCACGCAAGAAUCAAGAUGCCGAUGCGAGUAACGAUGGUGGCAAGUCCAAAAAGACACCUGGCCUAGUCUACACGAAUAUGCACAGUGAACAAAUAGAUGUCAUAAAAGAGGUUGUCAAUAAGUUAUCGGUAUUUAACCUUGAACAACAUGUUACCGAUAAUACCACACAUUUGGUAUCAUUGGAGCCAAGGAGAACGAUGAAUUUAUUGCGUGCCAUUUCAAGAGGAUUAUGGGUUGUAGACUACAAUUGGAUAUUGGAUUCGCAAAAGGCGGGAGAAUGGUUGGCCGAAGAACCCUAUGAAUUAAAGGACUUUUCGCGGGCCGUAGAGAUCUGCCGAUCGGAACGUCAAGCAUUUGGCGAACGUUACAAAUGUGAACUAUUUCGUGAACUUGGUGCCUUCUACAUUUCACUGCGUUGUUAUCCUGUGACCAAAAAUGAUUUGUGCGAAUUGAUAACACUGUGUGGUGGCCGGGUGGCACUAAGUCGCAAUAAGGCACGAUACAUUAUUGGCGAUACAAAUCCGUCGCUACCCGAUAAGAUAUAUGUUACACCCUAUUGGGUAUUGGAUAGUAUAUCACAGAUGCAAAUAAUGAAAAUACAAAAAUACCUAUGUCCAAAGCCUGGCGAAGAGAUGCCCUUACCCACAUCACCUGUGGUUGUUCAAGCAGCAGCACAAAUAGAAACUUAGGUUAAAACUUAAUUGAAUUUAUU